GGGUAAAUCAGCCGCUGCAGAAGUGAAUGGUGAGAGAAGGAAGCUUAAGCGCUGUGGAAAAAGGCAAAUAUUAGUGAAGGUGAAUUUUGUGUGGGGAUUCUAAUUGUAUUCUGGAGACGGACUGGGAUAAAGUGUGGUGAGACUGAUUUGAAGUUUUCCAGGAUUCACUAGAACACAAGCACUUCUGUGGACGACUGGUAUUAGAAAACGGAAUGGAGCAGAAUAAUAGUUUGCCGCCAUAUGCCCAAGGGUUAUCUUCUCCUCAGGGUGCGAUGACGCCUGGCAUCCCUAUUUUCAGCCCUAUGAUGCCUUACGGCACAGGGCUUACUCCACAGCCGGUUCAGAGCACAAACAGCCUCUCCCUGUUAGAAGAGCAGCAGCGGCAGCAGCAGCAGCAGCAGCAGCAGUCCACAUCCCAGCCAGGAGUUGUCCAGGUGUCAUCUGGCCAGACCCCACAGCUCUUCCACUCCCAGACUGUUACCACGACUGCUCUGCCAGGCACAACACCCCUCUACCCUUCAACCCCCAUGACUCCCAUCACCCCUGCGACUCCGGCCUCCGAGAGCUCGGGCAUUGUUCCACAAUUACAGAAUAUUGUCUCCACUGUAAACUUAGGCUGUAAAUUGGACCUGAAAACAAUAGCACUUCGUGCCCGAAACGCUGAAUACAACCCAAAGCGUUUUGCUGCUGUCAUUAUGAGAAUCCGAGAACCAAGAACAACAGCACUUAUCUUCAGCUCAGGGAAAAUGGUGUGUACCGGAGCCAAGAGCGAGGAACAAUCCCGUUUGGCAGCUAGAAAAUAUGCCAGAGUUGUUCAGAAAUUAGGUUUCCCAGCAAAGUUCCUGGACUUCAAGAUUCAGAACAUGGUUGGAAGCUGUGAUGUGAAGUUCCCAAUCCGACUAGAAGGGUUGGUACUCACACAUCAGCAGUUUAGCAGUUAUGAGCCAGAGUUGUUCCCAGGUUUAAUCUACAGAAUGAUCAAACCCAGAAUUGUUCUGUUAAUAUUUGUGUCUGGAAAGGUUGUACUUACAGGUGCAAAGGUCCGAGCAGAAAUUUAUGAAGCAUUUGAAAACAUCUAUCCAAUUUUAAAAGGUUUCAGGAAGACCACGUAACCACUUGGAUAAAGAAAAGAGGACCUUUUUUCAAAUUAUAAAAAUGACUGUCCAGUAAUAUUCAUACACCAAUGCCAGGGAAGAGACAGGCUUGUAUUAUGGUACUGAAGCUGGAAUCUGGAGUUUCUCCAGUUAGUGCCUGUGGUGUGGAAUUCCCUAUCCUUGUUUAGCAACUAUGUCUGCUUUUAAUUUAGAUUUGUCUUGAGUACUUCAGGAAACAAGGGGGUCAUUUUUGGUGUUUUACUUAUUUUAGCUUUUUAAGAUUUAUUAUUUUUUGUAUUGCAUUUUAAAUGUUUAACCCUUUUAUACCCUACUGUUCAAAUGUAGACAUACCGAUAUUUUUCCAACAUUCCUUUUAUUUGCAAAGUAUGAGUUAAGAUCUAUCGGACAAACUAUUAUUUUUAUUAAAUAUAGUUUGUUUUUUUGUAAAUUUAAAUCCAUGUCAUUGGUUGAACCUGGGAAUUUAGAAAUCUCUGCCUAUACAGGGGACAAUGUCUCUUAUAUUGUAUGUUUAAAAGGGCCAGAAAAUAUAACAACAAUGAUUUCUUUUAAUUACUUUAUGUUCAUUCCAGUGGUGUUUGGUUCUGGAAACUAAAGCCUAUUUUUUUUCAAGCUGCAAAUUUUUCCUGUAUGUCCAGAAGCUGAAGACUGCCCAAGCCUUGCCUUGUCCCUACAAGUUUCCCACAGUCAGAUCUGUGAAUUGUGAUGUAUGUUGGGGAGUUAACUGACUUGUCAUACCAGAGACUCAAAAAAACAGUUUGCAUAUUUAGUGCUAUGUUCUUGGAUAACUGAAUGAACCAGAGACAUGUGUCAAUUUGGAUUAAAUAAAUUCCAUGUUGUGUAUUUUAAACUAUCAAAUUAAUCUGUUAUUGGUUUUAAGUUUCUCGCAGCUCAGUUGAAUCCUUAUGUCUCAAACUUCGGAUCAUGUUGAGCUUCUCAAAGACAGUGUACAUGCUUUCAAUGUACAUCUGAAAUGGUGUGUUAUUACAUUUUUUGUAUAUGUUUCUACCACUGCCAUUAUCCAAUCUUUCCUUACUAGUUCUGUGGUGCUUCAUGCAGUAACAGGACCUGGGGGAGGGGCUGAACCACGCUGCUCUGAAAUCUGUAGUUUUGUAAUGCACCAUAGUUAGAGGGCUAUUAGAGUAUAUAUGUACUUAUGGCUACCGAAUGUGCUGUGUAUCCACUUACAAGCCACUGGCAGUUGAUCCAUAGUUUAUAUGCAUUUGCAUUAAGUAUCCCUUGUAUGCAAUUGAGAAUAAUCAAAAUAAUGACACUCUGAGCAACUAAGUAUGUUGGUAUGACUAUAAGACAUUGUCAGAAAAUGUUGAGGCACAUGGCCUCUUCAAUAAGAGCUCUAAUUGCUAUUCUGUAUUUGUCAAGUUUGAAAAAGCUGUUCUGUACAAAUUAAUUUGUUGCUGAUAAAUUAAUGACUUAUGGACAAUGGUUAUGUGCAUCAGUAUUUGUAGUUCAGAAAUGUUUUUGAUUUUAUAUUUGGCAAUAAUGUUUCACAUUGUUUGGAAAUAGGUAAUCUGCUUCAGUUCCAGUAUGUAAUUUGUUUGGGGAAAUGUAUAGUUACUAACCUGAACUUAGCAAAACAAUUAUUUGUAUUAAAGGUGCAGUGUUACAAAACAAAUGCUUUGGGCCCUUUUACUUCUGCUGCAAGCAUGAAGAUGUAUAUUUACGUUAAAUAGGGCCAAGCAGGUUAUUAUAAUAUAUAUUUUUUAACACUCAAGCUGAACUGCCAGGUCUGCCUUUUUGUACACAAUGGGAAACAACACAUUACUCAAUAUAAAAUAUUCAACUGUACUUAUUAGCUUAAAUUAUUUUAGUUGAAUGAAAAGUAUAAAACUUGUUCUGAACAUAACUUUUGCCAUAAAGUACUCACCACAUAGAGGACCAGUUGCAUAUAUUUUGUAACUGAAUUGAGCACUAAACAGAUGCCUUUUCGGACUCCUUUAAGGCCAGUGAAGUGAACAUUAAGGAUUAAGUAAACGCAUGAAAUGCGUUCUAUGUGGUAUUUCUUACAUUCAUUGAGAGUAGAUGCAGGGGCAGUUAAGCUGUGCUCUGUUAGGGCCACAGGGGUAGCUAUAACAUUCUGAAAGGCUUCAGCUGAGAAUUAAACAAAAGAUGAUCAACAAAUUAAAUCUAAAUUCUUUUUUUGGCACUUUCACACGAGGCAUGUUUUUCCUGAAAUUUCUUACUCUAGUACAGGCUUUGUGUGCAAGUUUUUGGGUACUGUUAAAAGUACCUUGCUGAGACUAUCUGAGGGUAGUGAUCGUACUAAACUAAAGGGUACCAAACCAGGUUAUACUAUAAUUUCCAAAACUAUAGUAUUACUUCCCCGACAUGCACUUCAACACUAAUCGGGAUACUGAUAUAAUCGGGUUGCCGCUUAAAUUAAGCAGUUUUUCAAAGGGUAAACUGACAGUCUCUGAACAACAAUGCUGAAGAAAAUCUUACCUUCCAUGUUUAACAGGGAAACUGGGGCAAAACUGACUUUCUUUGGGUAUAAAGACCCCACCUGUUUGGCACCAUGCUCUUGGUACAACCUGUUUUUCCCAUGCUACUUUUAUCAAUUUCCACAGGAUUCGUAGCACGCCAGGGGCACUCUUGAACACUGUACGAAACUCUGUUAGGCCCAGGAGAUGAUGAUGCCAUUGUACAGCUUUCACAGUUUGCCCUACUUCUUGCCACUUAGGUGCGCAGUCCUCUAUUUGGCAUUCUGUUGGAUUGAUAGGUGGGAUGUCUGAAGAUUUUUUUUAAUCUGUGUGUGUUUCCUUGAUCUCUCCAGCUCAGUCUUAGUUGCUUUUAGUGUGCUGUUUUUCUCCCUGGUGAAUAACUUCUUUGCAAAUUUGAACGGGUCUUUUUAAAAGUUAGUUCGUGCAUGCUCCAUUUUGUAGCGUUUCUGUAGGCGCUCAGCUCUGUGCAAUGUUGCAAGCUUAUUUUUUAUGACCCUUUAAUAAAUUAGUCCUUCUUUCUGACUUUGUUCUGCUCUCCUCCAUUGCUUCCUCAGCUGCCUCCUUUCUUUAAGUGCUCAAGCUACUGCUGUCUAGACUUUACAGGAAUAAUUUUUACUUUCUACUUUCUUUUUUCAACUCCAAACCUCUCUCUUUCAUAUGCAUA